GUGUGAGCGUGUGAGACACAAGAAAAGCUUGCGCGCCACCGCCCUCCUCGGGAGAGAGGCUGGAGUGAGGCUGAGCGGAGAACCGCAUUUCAAUGAGGACUAGCUCCGGCGCAUCCGUGCAUUAGCGGCCGCAGCCCAGACACUCGUGCUUCGCAGCCCAGCCGCGCCCAGCCCGACGAGGACAGCACCAACAGCUAGCCACAGACAACCCAGCGGCCACCCGCGACCGCAACCCAAAUACAUCACCAGUCACUGCAGUGUUUCCAUCCAGCUGCUCUCAGAGCCUCUCAACCCACGAUCUUCAGGUAACCAGGUCUGUGUCUCUUUGUAGGGCUCGUAGGUUCCACACGGAAGCCAGUCAUGUCGUUCGGCAGAGAUAUGGAGUUGGAGCAUUUUGAUGAGCGGGACAAGGCGCAGAGGUACAGCAGGGGGUCCCGUGUGAACGGCCUGCCCAGCCCCACACACAGCGCCCACUGCAGCUUCUACCGUACCCGCACGCUGCAGACGCUCAGCUCUGAGAAGAAAGCCAAGAAGGUUCGAUUCUACAGAAAUGGUGACCGCUACUUCAAAGGGAUUGUGUACGCCAUCUCCCCAGACCGCUUCAGAUCCUUCGAGGCCCUGCUGGCUGAUUUGACCCGAACUCUCUCGGAUAAUGUGAAUUUGCCCCAGGGGGUGAGAACCAUCUACACCAUCGAUGGACUUAAGAAGAUCUCCAGCCUGGAUCAGCUGGUGGAAGGGGAGAGCUACGUCUGCGGCUCCAUUGAGCCCUUUAAGAAAUUAGAGUACACGAAGAAUGUGAACCCCAACUGGUCCGUGAACGUCAAGACCACCUCAGCUUCCCGGGCAGUGUCUUCGCUGGCCACUGCCAAGGGGGGUCCUUCAGAGGUUCGGGAGAAUAAAGAUUUCAUUCGGCCCAAGCUGGUCACCAUCAUCAGAAGUGGGGUGAAGCCACGGAAGGCUGUCAGGAUCCUGCUGAACAAGAAAACGGCCCAUUCCUUCGAGCAGGUUCUCACCGACAUUACCGACGCGAUCAAGCUGGACUCGGGUGUGGUGAAGCGCCUGUACACCCUGGAUGGGAAGCAGGUGAUGUGCCUUCAGGACUUUUUUGGUGACGAUGACAUUUUUAUUGCAUGUGGACCAGAGAAGUUCCGUUACCAGGAUGAUUUCUUGCUAGAUGAAAGUGAAUGUCGCGUGGUGAAAUCCACUUCUUACACCAAAAUUGCAUCAGCAUCCCGCAGGGGCACAACCAAGAGCCCAGGACCUUCCCGGCGAAGCAAGUCCCCAGCCUCCACCAGCUCAGUUAAUGGAACCCCUGGUAGUCAGCUUUCUACUCCACGCUCCGGCAAGUCACCAAGUCCAUCGCCCACCAGCCCAGGAAGCCUGCGGAAGCAGAGGAUCUCUCAGCAUGGCGGCUCCUCUACUUCACUUUCCUCCACAAAAGUCUGCAGCUCAAUGGAUGAGAAUGAUGGCCCUGGGGAAGGUGAUGAGCUUGGGAGAAGGCACAGCUUGCAGAUGGGAUGGAGGAGGGAAGAGUCUGAUGAAGGCUUCCAGAUUCCGGCCACAAUAACAGAGAGAUACAAAGUUGGGAGAACAAUAGGAGAUGGAAACUUUGCUGUUGUCAAGGAAUGUAUCGAAAGGUCGACUGCACGGGAGUACGCCUUGAAAAUCAUCAAGAAAAGCAAAUGUCGAGGCAAAGAGCACAUGGUCCAGAACGAGGUGUCUAUCUUAAGGAGAGUGAAGCAUCCAAACAUUGUUCUCCUGAUUGAAGAGAUGGACGUGCCGACGGAGCUGUAUCUUGUAAUGGAAUUAGUAAAGGGCGGAGACCUGUUUGAUGCCAUCACUUCCACUAGCAAAUACACAGAGAGAGAUGCCAGUGGGAUGCUGUACAACCUGGCCAGUGCCAUCAAAUAUCUGCACAGUCUGAAUAUUGUCCACCGUGACAUCAAGCCAGAGAACCUGCUGGUGUAUGAGCAUCAGGAUGGCAGUAAGUCGCUCAAGCUGGGUGACUUUGGCUUGGCCACCAUUGUCGAUGGGCCCCUGUACACCGUCUGUGGCACCCCAACGUAUGUGGCUCCAGAGAUCAUUGCAGAGACUGGAUAUGGCCUCAAGGUGGACAUCUGGGCAGCUGGUGUAAUCACUUACAUCCUGCUGUGCGGUUUCCCUCCGUUCCGUGGAAGUGGUGAUGACCAGGAGGUGCUUUUUGAUCAGAUCUUGAUGGGCCAAGUGGACUUUCCAUCUCCGUACUGGGACAACGUGUCCGACUCUGCCAAGGGGCUCAUCAACAUGAUGCUGCUGGUUAACGUGGACCAGAGAUUUUCAGCCGUGCAGGUCCUUGAGCAUCCCUGGGUUAAUGAUGAUGGUCUCCCAGAAAACGAGCAUCAGCUGUCAGUAGCUGGCAAGAUCAAGAAGCAUUUCAACACAGGCCCCAAGCCGAACAGCACAGCAGCUGGAGUUUCCGUCAUAGCAACCACCGCUCUUGAUAAGGAGAGGCAGGUUUUCCGACGAAGACGCCACCAGGAUGUGAGCAGCCGGUACAAGGCGCAGCCAGCUCCACCAGAACUCAACUCGGAAUCAGAAGACUACUCCCCCAGCUCCUCUGAGACUGUUCGCUCCCCCAAUUCUCCCUUUUAAUAAGACCCUUUUACUCCUAGCUUAACCCCUUAAGACUCUGAGAUCCCCCCUCCCCCAAACUUCUGUAAAACAGGUUCAUCUGAUCUCUCUAGCACUCAAUGCUGCUUGAAUGGCAGAACAGAAAGUAUGUUUUGGGUACCUUUGUAGCAAGUUCCCUUUACUGAAUGAAAAGGCAUGUGGUGUUUGUGGCGACGGUAAUUUGCUGCUAAUAGGGGUCCUUAAAGAGUUAAGGCUAAUUUGCGAUUUUUUUUUUUAAACAUAGAAGCAAUGAAUGUUUUCAUCAGUCAAGUGAGGAUCUGCAGUAUGUAACAUAGCAAGCGUUAGCCUUCUGAGUGCAUAGAAUUUUCUUGAGAACCCUUGCUGGGGAAUUUUUCAGACCCUUGAGUAUAUUCACACAUAUUUCUUGAUUUUAUUGCAAACCAAGGGGCGUCAUUAAGACCCUAAAAAGUCCACACCAGAAGAGCAUGGAGUAUGAAAUACUGCCAGUCCUUCUCUGUGGGCUUAGAGCAUGUCAGGUGUUAUAGUGUCAGCAGAUGCACCCCUCUUUCCUAACCGUUUUAUGAAGAAGAGGGGUCCUUUUCCUACAUCCUUUUCUGGUUAGCUGCAGUGAGGGCUCUGCGUUCAUUGGAAGGAAUUAGCUUUGUGGCAGCCUGGGCCAAGUGAUUGACAGUGUCACUUCCCAUCUCCAUACAAAAGAUGUACCGAUGACGCCCCUGAAAUGCUGCUUCCCCAUUAGCUGCUGCUAGUGCCAGGCAGACCCUUGGGGAAACCACCUAGCCUUGGCUUGUGCUUGGUGAGUUGGGAUCUGUCUGGUCAGGAUCAGAAAAGAGCUAGAAAUAACUGGUGAAAAGAGCAAUAAAUUACCAGGUGCUCUAUGGGGCUGGGACUCCAACCAGCAAGGGAAAGCAAGGUCCUGUGGCUUUGUUUUUGUUUUUGUUUUUGUUUUCCUCAGCUGCUUUUACACAGGACUGUAGCCACCAGUGUGAAGUCAACACAGAAUAUGAAAGAUCUGGAGCACCAGGGAGCAGGAGGCAAGUGCUUUGCAAAGUGGCAGAAGGGAGAGUACAGUGAAAACACAACCCAAAAGGUUCUAAAAAUGGGUUUUAUAGAAAUAUACCAAU